AUGGGCAACGUCACGUCGUCGGUGGCGGCGCGGCUGGCCUUCUUCCCGCCGGAGCCGGCGACGUACGGCAUCGAGGCCCAGGACGGCGCCGGCUCCCUGCUGCGGAUGACGGGGGUGUCGCCGGACGCGGGCGUCGAGGUGCGCGCGCUGCCCACCAGGGCCGGCACGCGCGUCGUCUCCGCCUUCUGGCGCCACCCCGCCGCACGGCUCACGCUGCUCUACUCCCACGGCAACGCCGCCGACCUCGGCCAGAUGCUCGGCCUCUUCCUCGAGCUCCGCGCGCACCUCCGCGUCAACAUCAUGAGCUAUGAUUAUUCAGGCUAUGGUGCCUCUACAGGAAAACCAUCAGAGUACAACACAUACAAUGACAUAGAGGCUGUUUAUGAUUGCUUAAUAAAGGAGUAUGGGAUAGAAGAAGAGGAUUUAAUCCUGUAUGGGCAAUCGGUUGGAAGUGGACCAACAUUGCAUUUGGCCUCACGUUUGCAAAAGUUAAGAGGGGUUGUCCUUCAUAGUGGUAUACUCUCUGGCAUACGGGUUCUGUAUCCAGUGAAAGUGACACUUUGGUUCGACAUCUUCAAGAAUAUCGACAAAAUAAAGCAGGUUGACUGCCCUGUGUUAGUCAUACAUGGCACAGCCGAUGACAUCGUGGACUUCAGUCACGGCAAGCGCCUGUGGGAGCUUGCCAAGGAGAAGUACGAGCCGCUGUGGAUCAAAGGCGGUGGCCACUGCAACCUGGAGACGUACCCGGAGUACAUCAGGCACCUGCGCAAGUUCAUAAACGCCAUGGAGAAGCUGGCCAAGGACAGCAAGGCGGCCCAGGCGCCGACGUCGUCGAGCAUGGCGGGCGAAAUGCCGACGACCUGGGAAGGAAAUGCAGUCCAGCAGCAGCAGCAGCAGCAAGUCAGCAACCCCUAG